GGUACCUACGGAGUUGUCUACAAGGCGCGCGACCUCACCACCAAGGACCAGCGCAUCGUUGCCCUGAAGAAGAUACGUCUCGAGGCUGAGGACGAGGGCGUCCCGUCGACGGCCAUUCGUGAGAUCUCGCUUCUCAAAGAAAUGAACGACCCCAACAUCGUCCGCCUGCUCAACAUCGUGCAUGCCGACGGCCACAAGCUCUACCUCGUCUUCGAGUUCCUCGACUGCGACCUGAAGAAGUACAUGGAGGCGCUACCGGUCAGCCAGGGUGGUCGAGGCAAGCCCCUGCCGGAAGCUACUGGGCUCGCAGGCCAGCCCCUGAACAUGGACACAACCAUGGUCAAGAAGUUCAUGAUGCAGCUGAGCCAGGGCGUGCGCUAUUGCCACGCUCACCGAGUCCUUCACCGCGAUCUGAAGCCGCAGAAUCUCCUGAUCGACAAGGACUGCAACCUCAAACUGGCGGAUUUUGGUCUGGCGCGUGCUUUUGGCGUGCCGCUGCGGACAUACACUCAUGAGGUCGUUACGCUGUGGUAUCGAUCGCCUGAGAUUCUCCUAGGUGGUCGACAGUACUCGACAGGCGUCGACAUGUGGUCUGUUGGCUGCAUCUUCGCAGAGAUGUGCACGCGCAAGCCCCUCUUCCCCGGUGACUCGGAGAUUGACGAGAUCUUCAAGAUCUUCCGCAUCCUGGGCACUCCCAGCGAACAGGACUGGCCCGGUGUCACCUCCUUCCCCGACUUCAAGCCCUCGUUCCCCAAGUGGGCUCGCACAGACAUCGCCUCCAUUGUCACAACCCUCGACGACGUGGGUCUCGACUUGCUUGACGCCCUUCUUGUCUACGAUCCUGCCGGCCGCAUCUCCGCGAAGCAGACGGUCAUCCACCCAUAUUUCGCGGGACAGACGGCGAAUGACGCAACGUGGUCGAUCGCUGCCCCACUCCAUCCCUGCAGACGCGGGGAACGCAGGGACGCGGCGCGUUCGAUCAAGCUGCCAGCCAAACUCCCCUUCUGGACACAAAUGAUGGCUCCACCAAGGCUCCUCCCUCCCUCGUCCGGCCCCCGCCUGAUCGUCUACCACCAAACCUAUCAUGACUCAGCGGGGAAUUACCACUCGCUGCUCCCGCUGCUCACGAGUAACACGGGAAUCACACAUGUCAUCAUCGCGGCGAUACAUGUGAACGAGGGAGCAGGAAACAUCACGCUGAAUGACCAUGGCCCAGAUGACAAGAGAUACGACCAGCUUUGGGGCGAAGUGGCCUGGCUACAAGGCAGUGGGGUGAAGGUUUUGGGCAUGCUAGGCGGAGCUGCAAAGGGGUCGUUUGAGCGGUUAAGCGGGGACGAGGCGAGUGUACCAUACUAUGCCCCCCUCCACGCCCUAAUAUCCGCCCGCGCUCUGUCCGGCCUGGACCUCGACGUCGAGGAGCAAAUCCCCCUAUCCACCGCCACACGCCUCAUCGCCCGUCUGCGCGCAGACUUCGGCCCCUCGUUCCUCAUCACCCUUGCCCCCGUCGCCACAGCACUCCUCCCCGAUCCAAAGGUGCCCGCACAUCUGCGUCCGCCGCGGCCCACGCUCGCAAGCGGCCCGAACCCACUGCACCCCACCCUCCCCCAUCUCAGCGGCUUCUCCUACCCGGAACUCGAAUGCAGCGUCUACGGCCGCGAAAUAGCGUGGUACAAUACGCAAUUCUACUGCGGAUGGGGUGAUGCCUCGACGACACAGUGGUACGACGCCAUCAUCGCCGCAGGCUGGGCGCCGGAAAAAGUCGUCUUAGGCGUUGUCACGAACCCCGCAAACGGCGCGGGUCACACCCCCGUCGCCAGACUGCGCGACGUGUGUACGCAGCUGCGCGCCAGAUACCAAACCACUGGCAGAGGCUUCGGCGGCAUCAUGGGCUGGGAGUACUUCAACAGCGGCGACAGCGACGCCGAUCUCGUCCACGUCUCCACCCUCGACCUCAACAACGAGACGGUGCAGGCUGGUUGGGUUGCCGCUCUCGGCCGCGUACUGCGCGUCGAGCACGCACCACCGCGCCAGCCCCUCGCCUUUUCGCCAGAACAGGUCCGCCAGAUGGUUUCUCGGUUGCCGGCCGCGCGCGCUCCCUGGCCUGAAGACGAGCUGCAGAAGCUUGUUGUGCUGGGGUUUCAGCGCGCUGAGGCGGUCGCCGCGCUGAAUGCUACGGAUGGGAAUGUGGAACUUGCUGCAGGGUUUUUGUUCGAGCGGUAUCCUUCGUGA